CGAUGGAAGCAUUCCCCUAUUGAUUUCCGGCUUCAAAGUGGAGUGAUAGUUUACACUGCCAUGUUGCCGACAGCUUUUAGCUAUGGCAUCGUCUGCUUCGGCGUCAACGUUGGCGGUACUGCUACUCUUCUCUCUCUGCCUCGCCUUCGCUCAUGGAACCUCAAUUGCGGUUGACCACCUGAUGGGCGGCUCGGACAGGGAGAUUGCAGAUAGAAAGGUGCGGUGCUAUCAAGACAUUGACAAUGGACUAUGGGGCGAUGCCUGUAAAGCAUCAGAGAUUGACAAGGAGAAUUGUGCAUUGGCCUGUAUCUCCUCUACCUGCUACAACUCUGUUUACGGCGGUGACCCUGUGAGAUUCUCCUUGCUUCAGGAAUUAUUUCUAGAAGAAGGAGAAAUAGAUUUGAGAAGAGGUCGACAAUUUAAAGCUUGCAUCCAAGGUCUACCCACCUUGAAGGUGAGGUUGGAAGUUGGUCUUAACCACACACAAGUUUCACAAGGGCAUCCAUGGGAAGAGGCUAUUGAAGAGUGAGAGACUGGCAAAAGUUAGAAGCACAACGACUUAUCAGUGAGAAAAGCACUGCAUUCUGUUCAACCUUCCAAGUUGUAGUGUGUGUUUGACGUUUCAUGUUGGAUUCCAUACAUCUGGCUCAAAAAGUUUAAAAAAAUUAUAUUACUUAAGUACAACUAGACUUGGGAUUUUUGUGGAUGGACUAUGUCUUAUCAUUUUAUUAUCGUUCAAUGAAACUAUGGGAAAGGGGGUUACAUUUUUUUCUGAAA